AAAACCACAGCCUAAUCUCCCUCUUCCUCCUGCCCAAAACCCUCGCCUGUCGCCUCCAUCCACCCGCUCUCCCGCUCUCGCCUCUCUUGCCUAAACCCUUGCCUACAUCCUCCCCCUGCCGUUUUCGCCCAAAACCAUUGACUUCAUGAUCGAACCUUUGCACAGCCAUCAUAGCUAGCUGGGAAGGCAGCGACGGGAUCGUGGCUUACAGAAACUACCGAAACUCUCAUUUUCUCAUCCGUCCUCUCUGCUCCUACCAGAAACCAUUGAGACAGGUUAUAAAAUGCUGAAAAUUAGAACACCAAAGACUCCGAAAGCAAAAAGAGCACUUGUUAAGCGCGCACCUAAACUGGUAGAAAAUGCCAAGAAGACUCUCAUACUCCAUGGUACAAAAACAAGUAAUGUCUUGAAUGCUGUGUUAGGUCAGAUUUUUCAUUUGAAAAAGGGACUUGCUGUAAAGUUCAGUAAGAAGAAUGAGAAAAUAACGCCCUUUGAAAGGAGUGGAGAAGCAUCUUUGGAAUUCUUCUCAGUCAAAACUGACUGUAGUCUUUUUGUGUUUGGUUCAAAUUCAAAAAAAAGGCCCAACAAUCUAAUUUUUGGGCGGAUGUAUGAUCAUCACAUUUAUGAUCUUGUUGAAGUUGGAGUGGAGAACUUCAAGCCUAUUGAAUCAUUCAAAUAUGACAAGAAUAUCGCACCUCAACAAGGCUCAAAACCCUUCUUUACUUUUAUAGGAGAAGGCUUUGAGAGUGUUGACGAACUGAAGCAUUUAAAGGAGGUCUUACUUGAUCAUUUCAAGGGAGAGGUUGUUGAAAAUCUGAACCUUACUGGAGUAGAUAGGGUAUAUUUGUGCACUGCUAUUUCAUCCACUACAGUGUUGUUCAAACACUGCGCUAUUCGACUUAAGAAGUCUGGCACAUCCAUUCCUAGAAUCGAGCUUGUAGAAGUUGGUCCCUCAAUGGAUCUUGUUGUUCGGCGACAUCGUCUCCCGCUUGAAGGUCAAAUGAAACAAGCAAUGAAAGCUGCACCCACACAGCCGAAUAAAAUUAAAAAUGUCAGCCGAGAUGAAAUACAGGGUAAAGUGGGGAAAAUAUACAUCCCAGAUCAACAGGUUGGAGGUCUUGCGUUAUCUACUAAGAUGAAGGGAUUUAAGAGGAAACGUCGGGAGGGUAAACUGAGUAAUGAUAUGAGAGAUGAUCUAUCAAAGAAGAUGAAGAUAGAAUCUCAGUGAGUUGAAAUUUUUUUUUUUCACGCCAUAAAUAUUUGAAAAGACUGCCCCAGCGGUGUUUAGGGGCCUAAAUUAUUGUCAUAUUUAUUAGGGAUGAUUUUGUGAAUUAGGGAAUAUGUGUACUUAAUUUUGGAAAAGAAUUUUGAAAUUUUGAGCAUUUGUUUUUUCAU